AGUAUAUUGUAGGCUAUACAGCAGCAGCUAGAGAGACGACACAGCUCAGCAGAGACAGCAUAUAUAUAUACGCCGGCCAACUUUGCCAAGACGGCCAGUCGCUACACACCAGUUCCUCCAUCCAGCAGCAGCAGCAGCAGCAUAUUUCUCCUUUUGCUGAAAACCAUUUCAUCGCCCAGUGCUGUUUUCCCGUGCUGUUAUUUCUCCCCCUAUACAGAGAAAAAAGCGAUUGUCUAACGGCCGAGCAAGUCAUCAACUAUACAGACAGCCCGGCCUGGGGGCUGUUAUAUUAUAUCCUCCCUCCCCCCCCCCCUCACAUAUAUAUAUUAUAUACUGUGUGUCUAUAGACUGGUGGUGGUGCCGCUUGUUCAUUGCUGAAGGAGGGGGGGUGUGGAGGAAGAAGGGGAAAAAAGGGGGGAAAUGAGUGAGUCCAGUGAGUUGCUGCUGCUGCCCAGGAGUGGAUCAUUACCGUAAAAAGACGCAGGAAUAUAAGGGGGCCGGCUGCUACUGUACUGCGCUGCUGGACCGGAGACUUUUUUUCUUUUUUUGUCUUGUUUUGUGAUUUCAUCUGUGCUGACUCGGUGUGCGUGUGUGCUGUGCUGUGCUGUUCCAGUUGGUUUUAUCUGCUCUCCUGACCGCUCCUUAUAGUCGCCCGGCAGGAGCGCAAGGAGCUGCUGUGCUCUGGUCUCUUCUUUCUUCUAUUAGUUAUAUAUCUCUCGACUCGAUCCACAUGCAGCAGCAGCAGAUCAGAGCAGACACUUGACUUCAAAGUCACUCUCCGGGGGGAUAUCUAUGUCUAUCUAGAUGAUGCUGGCCAUAUAGGCCGUCCUAUCCUCUCUCUCUCUCUCUUCGACUCUUUGAGCCUAUACGGCUCCUGUGCUGCUAUACUGCUCAGCUUCUUCUGCUCGCUAUACAGCGGCCGAUUGAUGAUCGCAGAACUCUGUAGAUCUUCCACAAAGAGGCAGAAUCUACACAUCGUCAACUGUGAUUUGAUUACAAACAAACACAAAACACAAAAGAGGAAGGAAAUAAAAAAACAAAAGGCAAUAACCGCACGCGGGUCUUUUAACCAGCACGUCAUAAUAUAAAAGUCUGGCAUUUCUAGCAGCAGCUCCUACCGAUGCAUUCGUCCAGAUUCCGCGCAGUCGGCACAGCAGCUUGGCUGCUGCUGUCACUUGAGCUCAUCCUCCUAUUGCCGGAAGCUGUUCACUCGGAUCACAACGAGUACCGACUCUUGCGCCAUUUGAUGGCCAAUUACGACAGCAACGCUCGUCCUGUCGCCAAUUCCACCAAAGCCCUUCAAGUGGUUUUCGGCAUGUCACUCCAUUUAAUCAUCGACGUGGACGAACGAAAUCAAAUACUAACGACAAACUGUUGGCUGACACAGAAAUGGAACGACAGUCACUUGACCUGGAACUCGUCCGAUUACGGAGGUAUUCACGUGGUGAGAAUCCCUUACCAGAGAGUCUGGAGACCGGACAUUAUCCUGUACAACAACGCCGAUGCCCAGUACACGUCCAGCGUCAUCAACACCAACGUCAUCGUCUCGGACAACGGCGAGGUCGUCUGGCUGAGUCACGGCAUUUUCCGCAGCUCGUGCGACAUCAACGUCGAGUAUUUCCCGUUCGACUUGCAGAGCUGCAAGAUGAAAUGGGCUUCCUGGACUUACGACGGAUUCCAGAUCGAUUUGAAGAAGCAAACGGACGAAGGGGACGUGAGCAACUACCAGACGAACGGCGAGUUCGACCUGGUGGAUUUCGAAGCCAUCCAUCACGAGGAGUACUACAGCUGCUGCCCGGAGCCUUAUCCGGACAUCACUUACGUCAUCAAAAUGAAGCGCCGCCCACUGUUCUACGUCUUCAACUUGAUCCUGCCCUGUCUGCUCAUCAACGGCAUCGCUUUACUGGUGUUUUACGUCCCGUCCGAGUCCGGCGAGAAAGUGACCCUGGGCAUCAGUUCACUGCUGUCCAUGACUGUCUUCCUCAUGACCAUCAGGGAAAGUUUGCCGCCAACCGAGAAGACUCCGCUCAUCAGCUUGUAUUACGGCGUCUCCAUUUGCUUGGUGUCGUUCGCUUCGGGGCUGUCGGUGGUCACGUUGAAUCUUCACCACCGCGGCUUGAGAGGCACUGAGGUGCCGUACAUCAUGCGCCGGAUCAUUCUGGGCGGGCUGGCCCGGCUGGUUUUGCUCCGCUUUGAUGUCGACGAGAGACACUCGUCGCCGUCGUCCACGCCGAGUUCAGGCGGCGGAGGAGAACACCAUCACUCCGGCGCUUCCGGAGAUCCCAUUCCGGCCAGCCGCUUGGCUUCCCGCAACUUCAACGAAUCGCCGACUAAAGUUUGCACGUCGGCCGGCCCCGAUCUCCGCUGCACUUGCGGCAAAUCUCCACACGGCGGCAGCAGUGGCCGUCACGUUCAUCAAAGGGCAGGACGUCCGUCAUCAUCACAUCAGCCACCGGUCGGUGUCUCGGCCACGAGAUCCUCCUCCGGCUGGUUCCCAGCGACGCCCCUCAAUGGCGGUCCCCCAAGCAGCCGGAAUUCUCAGGAGCGACUGCGCUUAAGACUCCAGGAGUUGGAGCCGAGAGCGACCGACGUCUAUUUGGAUCCCGAUUAUAACGACAAAUUCCAGUCGGCCGAUCUGGAUUUCCUGGGCAUCGGUCCGCCGUCGCCCAAAUUCUAUUCCCGCCGCGUCCCAUCAACGCCCAAAGCCCCGCAUCACCAUCAACAGCAUCCUCAGCAGCAGCCGUUAUUGAAUCCCGAACCAGUGAGUGGGUCGUCGUCUGCUGAAAUUGGCGGCGGAUUCGGAAUCCUGAGCCAAGGCAGCAUUUACGAGCAACGAUUGACCGAGUUGAUGGCCCGCGUGUCCACGGCCGUCGAGCGGAACGAGAACCGACUGGAAGAACAGGAUCGCCGGGAGGCCAUUGCGCUCGAAUGGAAACAGCUGGCCCUCGUUUGCGACAGGAUCCUAUUGCUCACGUUCGUCAUCAUCACAACCGUCGCCACCUGCGUCGUGCUCACCUCGUCCCCGUACGGUCCGUAAAAAUAAAAUAAAAUAAAAUAAAAUAAAAACCAAAGUUCCAUCUAAAUGUUGAUGUUGUUGUUGUUGCUCUCCUCGGAGGCAAAUAAAUAAAAAAAUAAAUCCAUUGUAAAAGCAAAGAAAAAAAAGGGAAAUGUCAAAUUGUGAUUCCAUGCAUAGUUUUGCCCAAGCCAAAAAAAUAAUAUCGAUUAUUGAUUUGAAUUAUUUGUUACUUCUCUUCCGUUUAGUGAUGUCAUCAUUAUCGAUUCUUUUUUUCUUGUUAUUAUAUCAAACAAUACUCUAUAUAAGUUGUUGUACAUCUCCUCUGUAAUACCAUGUAAUUAAAAAAAAAACAAAAACAAAAAGGCAAAAAGAGAAAAUCUGGUGGGGUGCGUAUCGCACGCUCGUGAGUCUAAAUCGCAUUGUCAACAUUUUCGGGAGAGGAUUUGAGAGUUAUUUUUUUCUUUCUUUCUUUUUCUUUCCUUGUCGCCCCCUUCCAUAGUUUUUGGCAGAAUAAGUGAUGAGUGCCGAGGGUUUUUAGACUGGGCUGUGUAGUGCCAUGAGACAACUGUCAAGAUAUAACUGUAUAAAUACAAUGUGUGGUCUAGUC